ACACUUCCGCUUCCGGUUCUUUAUUCCAGAAGUGGCUCCGAGAGAGCGUGCGGCUUAGUGUGGUCUUUUGUCAGCUUCCACCAUGGCGUACCGCGGCCAGGGCCAAAAGGUGCAGAAGGUGAUGGUGCAGCCCAUCAACCUCAUCUUCAGAUACUUGCAAAAUAGAUCUCGGAUUCAGGUGUGGCUUUAUGAGCAAGUGAAUAUGCGGAUAGAAGGCUGUAUCAUUGGUUUUGAUGAGUAUAUGAACCUCGUAUUAGAUGAUGCAGAAGAGAUUCAUUCGAAAACAAAGUCAAGAAAACAACUAGGCCGGAUCAUGCUGAAAGGAGAUAAUAUUACCCUGCUCCAAAGUGUCUCUACCUAGAAAUGACUUAAUGAAGUGAGGAAUUACUGAGAAGCAAUACAGUUUGUGUUUUUGGGUGUCCUUUGUUGGGAGAAUAUUUCUUACCCGUUCAGUCAUACAGUGCCGUUUAGUCAUACAAUGCCGUUUUCAGUUACUACAAGAUGACAAUAAAUGAUGUUGAAUUGUUUUUGUUAAAAAAA